AUGAGUAAGCUCUUUGGGGCCCGCGGUCGUCGCACACUACAACAGAAGCGCGUCUACGAUCAACUGAAAAAUACCACCAUUCAGGAUGCAUUUCCUCACAUCGCCGCCUGCUGGGUGGGGCCGUGCUGGGGCAGCGUGAUGCAGACGCCAUGCAACGUAUCCCCCGUGUGCAUGAAGAUGGCGGUGUGGCGCUGCUCCAGCUGCUUGCAGGAGUUCGAGAUGGUAGUGGGGCACUUCGUUGACGAGGGCGGCGUGUGCCCGCAUUGUCAUAACCCGCAGAAGAGGCUGGACAACGUGACGCUGCGCAACGCGCAGGGGGAGCUGGUGAUCAAGAAACCCCAAUACAUAAAAGCGCCGCGCAUGAUUCACUCGAACUACCGUAGCGUGCUCUUCACCAACCCACACUGGGAGUCGCUGAACAUUCAGCCCAUGCUUGCUCAGCGCUGGGAGCUUGUAGUAGACGAGCUCACGAAGAGUAGCAAUGGCGAGAAUGGCACCACUCCCGACAAGCAUCUGCUUCUCGCCUCCCCCAAGAUCGACGGCAUCCGCUGUAUGAUCGGGUACAACCAGAAGCUUCAGGAAGUUCAGUUCUUUUCCCGAGGCGGUAUCGUUCUCGAGUGCUGUCACGGCCUCGUCCCGCAGCUACUGCCGCUCUUUAAGGAGGACCCAACGCUCAUGCUGGACGGCGAGCUCUUCGCACCAGAAUGCAACUUUGAGCAGCUCAACGGGCUCGUGCGCCGACUCAACAAGAAGUCCAGCCCAAAAGUCAUGGAGGCGCAGGCACGGCUGCUGGAGUACUUCGCCUUCGACAUCAUGUAUAGUGCGCAGCUCUCGUCCCCGUCAGCCCCUUUCGACGAGCGUUAUCAGCUGCUCAAGAAGCUCAUCCCCGUCUGCGGAGCGAAGCGGAUUAGCAACUACAUCCACGACGACGCGAAGAAGAAGGUAAUCCGCGCGAAGCACGGCAGUGUGGCCACGGCAGCAAACGGUCAGGCCGUGAAGAUUUACCAUGUCCCUGCCGCACAGGUCCACCCAAGCGAUAUGAAGGAUGUACUGGACGAAGCGUGCUCGCAGGGCUUCGAGGGUGUCAUGAUCCGACUUCCCAAGUUCCCCUACGAACACGGCAAGCGCAGCUUUGGGUUGCUCAAGUACAAGCAGAUGCACGACGCAGAGUUUAAGAUUGUAGGCUUCGUGCCCGGAGAAGGCAAGUUUAAGGGUGCUCUUGGCGCCUUUAUCUGCGAGACCAAGGACGGCAAACUAUUCAACACACCACCCAAGGUCCCCUACAAGCGCCGCAUCGAGCUGUGGGCGCAUCGCAAGGAAUUCCUCAGCAAGUACCUGACGGUCCAGUACCAGGAACUCUCCUCGCAGAAUGUGCCGCGCUUCCCAAUCGCCAAGGCCGUACGCGGUAGUGAGGAUAGGCAAGAUUGGCUGUGA